AUGUCUCGCGGACAGGCGAGCGACGCAUCCGCGGCCCCUCCCCGUGAGCUGUUGCAAUCAAGUGUGGGUAAGCCGCUUCGUAUUGGCGUGACGUACAAGAGCUUUGCUGCGCCGAGCUAUGACGCACAGGACGAUGCCGUAGUGGGCCGCCUCUGGGCUUACGACCAGGCCCUGGACGUGGUCGUGCUCGAGACGGGCCGUGCAGGUGCGCUUCCCGCGUCCCUGCGCCGUGCCGCGGCCUCGGCUGCGUACGAUGCGCCGAAUUCGGGCCGCGGCGCGGCGCCUGCCACGACCGGUUUCAAGCUGGUCCAGGGCCGCUGCAUCGCGCGCGUCGACAUUCUCAGCGAUGAGGAGUACGCAGCAUCACAUGGCACGCAUGGCCUGUCGACCGUCGCCAGUGUCCCUGUCGCAGCGAUGGAGGCGCGCGACGCGGCGGCGACCAAGCGCAGCCUCGAGCGCGCACAGCAGAUCGGGCCGAAGGAGGCCGGCGAGCUCGGCCAGGGAAUCUUUGACGCGCUGAGCAAGACGUACAUUAUUGUGCUCGACGAAGUGGUCGUCUCGCCGCCGACCUACGAUACCAGCUCGACCUACGUGCCGAAUCUCGCGCGCGAGCACAUUGAUAAACUACUGGAAGGUGUGGAUAUUCCUGCAGACGAGGCCCCGAGUGUCGACCGUGCGCAUGCCAAGGCUCAGACGUGGCAGCGUGUGACAAAAGUGCUCGAGGGCGUCCGCCGCAAGCUCCUUCCGACGCUCGCACCGUAG